AUGUUCGACUCUGUCCAAUUUAUCCUUCUCGCGACAACCACCCCUAUUCUGGUCAACAUCGCCUUCCGCCAACCCUACUCGUGGCUCAAUGCCAUUCUUCUCGCUCAUUGUUUCGCCAUACUCGCCAGUCUCUGCGCCAUCGUCAAUGCGAUGUUCGUUCAGCCCUUCUUCGGCAGCCUCUGCAAUCUUCCCACUGCGGAACAAGAGGCAAUCUGGACAAGACUGCUCAAAGAACCGACGGGCGAUGAACUUGCAAAGUUCCAUGCACACGCUUCCACCAGCCAGAUCAUCCGAUACUUUGGCGUACUGAACUCUGAGCGCUUGUUUCUCAUGGACCCGAAAGAUAUCAGACAAGUCAUGGACUCGGAAGCUUACGAAUUUGGUCGUUCCUACCUCAUUUGUCGCCUGCUGUCACCAAUUCUGGGUAAAAACAGCUUGGUGGUGAGCGAUGGAGCAGAUCAUAUACCUCACAGUUCUGGUUCCCCUAGUCCGAACAGCGCCAUCGAAGUCCUCAAGAUGUUUGAGGAGACUGCAUUCCAGAUCGCAUCUACUGUCUUCUUCGGAUCGACUGGGGUGGACGACAACUUCGCGCUGGAAGAUUUGCUGAAAGAAUUUCGCGACGCGUUUUCAAUAUCGUCAGGCUCAGCCGCGCAAGCAGAGAUGGCCUGGGAGACAAUCCUUCCAUCGCAUCUGUUCUUCGGGCUUAUCUCUGUGGACGACAUACGCAAGACAGAACAGUCUAUGAAGGGUAUCAAGAGCUUUUGUCGAAAACAGAUUGCCCAGAGAAAAUCCGAGUACACGCCUGCAUCUCGCAUUCUCCCCGAGAGGAACAUCUUAGAUACUGCGAUCAAGUCAGAGCAGUUGAGCGAUGAUGAGAUCCUAGAUCUUUGUACAACCUCUCUAGCUACUGGUUACAAAACGAUCUCUGUCGCACUCACUUGGGCCGUCUAUCAUCUCUCGACCAGGCCUGGUGUCCAGGCCUUGUUACGCUCAGAAGUCCGCGCUAGUUUUCCAGCACCUGAUCAGACUGGAGCUCCACACUUCACAUCUGACCUUUUGCAGAACAUGCCUAUCCUCACAGCUAUCUGCAACGAAACCUUGCGAUUCUCUCCUCUGGUGGCCUUGACAUACAGAGAAGCACGAACCGACACGCUGCUAUCCGGAUCCAACCAAAUCGUACCAAGAGGCACGAUACUUGCCAUCUCACCCUGGGCGAUCCAAAGAUCACCAAUAUACUGGGCAGGCGGAGCAAUGUCUGGCGGAUCCUCUACCACCCCUCACAAAGCCUCUCCAGAUCCAUCAAUUUGGGAUAUGUCACGUUGGUUGACAGACAAGAAGGGAGGAGCGAGAAUGCAGUGUUCAUUCAUACCCUUCGGACGAGGACCUCGCUGCUGUAUCGCGGAGGGAUUCGCUCGAGAUGGAAUGAUGAUUCUUCUUGCUGCCUUGGUGGGAAGAUUUGACUUCUCUUUCCAGUCAAGCGGUCGCGACAACAACCCAAAGCCUGAAGAACUCAGAGUCUCGUUUGGUAUGGUGGCCAAGCCUGCGAAGUUGAUGGUACGAGCGCAGCCAGUGUUUGGAUGGUGA